UGCAUUGGAAACAUAACAAAUCUUGAGCUUUUUCUUCCUCUUUAGUCUCUACUACUCACUCUUUAUGACUAUGUGCUGCUUUGCAAGAAGAAACAGCCAUUCUAUGGCUGCUGCUUCAGUGCUUGUUAUUGGCCUGUGCCUGUUAAUGUUUUCUGCAUCCUUGGCAGGUGCACAAUCGAUUGGUGUGUGCUAUGGAAUGCUAGGUAACAACUUACCACCACCCAAUGAGGUUGUGGCUCUCUAUAAAGCCAAUAAUAUACAGAGGAUGAGGCUUUACAGUCCAAAUCGAGAUGCUCUUCAGGCUCUCAAAGGCUCCAACAUUGAAGUAAUGCUUGACGUCCCUAACAGUGAACUUCAGCGUGUGGCCGGCGACAACCCCACUCCGGCGUUUGAUUUUGUCUAUGGAAAUGUGGUAGACAACAGAGACGCUAUCAAAUUCAAGUAUAUAGUUGUCGGUAAUGAAGUCCCUCCCCAAGAUUUCAAAUAUGUCCUCCCAGCCAUGAGAAACAUUCAGAGAGCAGUUGAAGCAGCUGGGUUACAAAACCAAGUCAAGGUGACAACUGCAACUUACUCUGGAGUCCUGGAUAAUACCUUCCCUCCAUCCAAUUCCGUCUUCAAAGCUCAAUAUCUGCAAUACAUGCGGCCUAUCGUUGGCUUCCUAGCUGAAAAAGGGUCACCACUAUGUGCUAAUAUCUAUCCUUACUUCAGUUACAUCGGGAACCCAGCUUCUAUUAGGCUUGAUUAUGCCUUGUUUACUGCCCCAUCGGAUGUGGUACAUGAUGGUCAGCUUAGAUACCGGAACCUUUUUGAUGCCCUCUUGGAUUCUAUGUAUGCUGCUGUUGAGAAGGCAGGCGGGGGCUCUGUGAAGAUUGUUGUAUCGGAGAGUGGUUGGCCAAAUGCUGGUGAAUCUGCAGCAACAACGCCGAAUGCACAGACUUAUUUGAACGGGCUGAUCCGACAUGUGAAAGGAGGUACUCCCAGAAGGCCAAAU